AUGGAGAGUGAUGAUACUGGCAAUCGCCUUCGCUUCCAGCUGGAGUUGGAGUUUGUGCAGUGCCUGGCAAACCCCAGUUACCUAAACUUUCUUGCCCAGAGAGGAUUCUUCAAGGACAAAGCAUUUGUCAACUACCUUAAACACCUGCUCUACUGGAAAGAACCAGAGUAUGCCAAAUACCUAAAGUACCCCCAGUGCCUGCACAUGCUGGAGCUGCUGCAGUAUGAGCACUUCCGCAAAGAGUUGGUCAAUGCCCAGUGCGCCAAGUUCAUCGAUGAGCAGCAGAUCCUGCACUGGCAGCACUACUCUCGCAAGCGCAUGCGUCUCCAGCAGGCCCUGGAAGAGCAGCAACAGCAGCAGCAGAACAGCACCUCUGUGAAGUGA